UUUUUUUUCUCUUUCCACGCUGCCGGGAUUGCCGGUCGAUCUCGCUCGUUCAUUCAUUGUAAGGUGAACAAUAUACGACGCUGGUCGUCAAUCGCUAGGUGUGCAAGGGCAAAUAAGUGUGGAGGAGAUAGGAACGGGCGUGACGGACACGAAGGAUCAUUAUCUAUAGCGACGAACGCCAUGACGAACAAGAUCCAACUGACCUACAUGGUCUCCGACGGCCUCUUCCUGCUCAUGGGCGUUUUCAUCCUCGCCUUCUCCGUCAUUGUCGGCAACAUCAGGGACGAGGAACCAUCAAAUGGGAGACAGGCCGCAAGAAAUCUCCUGUACAAGGAAUUUCCAUUGUCAGCGGGUAUCGUCAACGCUGUCUUCAUCUUCGCUACCUUCUUGGUCACGCUCCCCGGCCUCGCCACGUCCUCCCGCAAAUGGAUCAAGCUCGCCGGCUACCUGGUUGUGGUCUGCGCCAUCUUCACCAUGAUCCUGGGCUUGUACUUGUGGAUCUUGACGCUCAAGAUCAGAGGAGACUUCGCGCCGCGUUUUGCCGCUCAAACGGACGUGGUCAGGAGUCUCAUGCAAACCGAGUUCUCGUGCUGCGGCUACUUCAACAGCUCGAGCCCGGCCUUCGUCACCGACGCGACCUGCUCCAGCAAGGCCGCUGCCGCCGUAAUGCGCGGCUGCGCGGCCCCGAUCACCGCAUUCGCCAACGUCUUCCUCGACAACAUCUUCACCGCCCUUUUCGGCAUCGUCGGGUUCGACGUCGUCUUUCUCAUGGCCACGGCCUGCCUGCUCAAAGAUCGCAAAGAGCGGGAGCGGUUCCGCCAUAUCGACGAGAAGAACGGUUAUGGGAGAAUUUAGGGGCCUGGUUCGCCCGUUUAUGAGGAACGAGGGGUUUGUGCUCGAGACCUGGUAGCGAGGAGCUUUGCUACGUUUGCACCUGUAGGGAGAGGACAUCUGCAUUGGGGGAGGGUGACUUGCCGAAUAGGGCGCGUGGCUGGGUCCCUAUCUCAUGAAGGACAGCUUCCAAGUUCAUGACCAUGAUCUUUCUUGGAUUUGGACCCUGUACUUCCCGUACGGCGUGUAACAAGGUGUCGAGACCAGCCAGUCAGGGAGACCACUUGUCAUAUUCACUGUCACCAGGCUAAUCACUUGGUUUGAGUCAAAAAGCUUAUCAUGACCCUCGUUCGAAUGACGGCUGAUUGCUCCAUCCAUAAAUAAAUGGUUCACGCAAAAGGUAUCAUAUGUUCGUCCUGUGGAAUGCUGGAAUGACGGCAAGCAACU